AUGGGCCUCAAAGUCACCAACGAGGCACCCGUGGGCGUCAAGGCCGGCCUGCGCGCCUCCUACCAGUGGGUGACCCAGGAGAUGCUGGACGCGGUCAACAGGUACGAGUGGCGCCAGCUCCUCUUCACCACCUGCUUCCUGCACUCGGUGGUGCAAGAGCGGCGCAAGUUUGGGCCCAUCGGCUGGAACAUCCCCUACGAGUUCUCCCAGGGGGACCUGGCAGCAGUCACCCAGUUUUUGCAGGCGGGGCUGGAGGGCACAGCGAACCACAUCGCCGACAUGGAUGCCAAGCGUGCGGCGCAACCCGACUGGGCCACAGUGCGGUGA